AUGCCAUCUAUCUACGGAAAGCCCUCUGGGCAAUCCAUCAAGCAGCAGCAGCGAGCGGUGGCGGUAGCAGAGGAGAUGGAGUUGCUCAAGUUGUUGAAUGGCGAGCGUUACGAGUUGGACUUUGACAACCACGCGCCCCAGGUCAUGAACGUGCAAUCCUACGAGCAGGAUGCUGAAGGGAUGGAGCUUGACAAUUACCCCAAGCACUACUCUCAGUCCGCCUACGACUCUCUCGACUCUCGUUACUCCACUGCUCACGGUGCGAGCAACAUUCCUCGAACUCAGCACGACUGGAUGCCGCCUGUCGACACUGCAGCUCAACAGCAACGAAGCAAGGCGUACCUCUUUGAGCCCGAGACGUUCCCGGACCCCGUUUACAACAGGCAGCGUUCUGUCUGGUCCCCGCCCCGUGCGGAGGCCCAGUGGGCCAACUACGACCAGGCUGCUUACCGCGUUCCUUCUCAGCGAUACGCUCAGAUCCCCGAGCGACCCAUCACUCCCCACGACACCUACAGCUACCCCGCCGAGCACAUCUACACCGCCCCGGCCCCCGCUGUUGCUGCCGCGCCCCUCAUGGCCGAGCCCAACGUGGAGAAUGUCAACGCUGCCUUCGCCGUCUGGUACGCUCAGCAGGUCGUCAACCUCUUGGUCUACCCCGGUCAGUUCCGAACUGCUACCGCCGGUGCCGCCGACGAAGAGUGGGGACCUGCCGGUCGAGAGAGGGAUGGCUACGAGAGGAUGGGCAUGAGCUCGCCUACCGCUUUCGCCCACCAGUGGAGCAGGAUGGCCGCCACUUCCCCCGUCUUUGCUUCCCGCAGGCGAGUUGAGUUUGAGCAGCACGAUCCUUGGAACAUUUCUUGGGCCCAUGCCAUCAAGCCCAGCUCGACUCUUGUCAGUUUUGUCCUCGACAUGAUUCAGCGAAUGACCAUCUCGCCUUCCGCGCUUGUGGCUGGUGUUUGGUUCCUCGCCGGACUCGGUUUGCACGAGGGCGAUGGCAAGAAGGGCGCGGGGUUGCGCAAGAUUCUGAGGGAGAGUGUUUCGUGCGAGCCCGAGGCUGUUGAGAGGAGGGUUGCUACUUUGGGUUUGAUUUUGGCGGGCAAGUGGUUGGAUGACAACUCGUUCUUGACCAAGUCUUGGUUCGAGGUCACUACCAUUCCCAUCAAGACCAUUGACGCCAUGGAGCGAUGCGCCCUCAACGACCUCAACUGGUCUCUCUACGUCCCCGUCGCUUCCUGGGUCGACCACGUCAACCAGCUUUUCGUCGACCUCGACGACAAGCCUGUCAAGGACGACGCCGACGCUGUCGUCCACUAUGUGCUUGACAAGAUGGCUACCGAGGCCCGAGGCGUCGAGUUGGAUGAAGAUCUUGAGAAAAAGACCUUUGCCACGCCCCACUUUAUCGCUUCGCCCUUGGCUGCGUCUAUCCGUAGGUUGUCUUACGACGAGACCCCCGCUGCUUUCGACCAGCUUGCCACCCGCGACUGGGACUCUUUCGCUCGAUCUUACCAGCAUCAGCAAGACCCCAAGCCUUCCUCUGCCGUCUACCCCGCCAGAAUCCCUGCCGUCUCUGCUCUCAUGGAGGACGACGGUGUUGAGAUUGAGCGUGCCGAGAGGAAUGUCGAGAUGCUGCUCAGUGACGACGACAUGAACGAGGUCGAGUCUCAGGUCGAAGAGUUUGAGGAGGACGAUGAGGAGUUUUUGGAGUAUGAUGGUGCGAAGAAGUGGUUGCCUACUGCCGCGGAGAUGAGGAAGACUUCCUCCAACCAAAGCCAAGGCCACCCCAUCCCUCCCGCUACGUCUUGCUCUCGAGGCGCCUGGCCUACCGCCGCCGCUCCUCCUCCUGCCAAGUCCUCCAAGGCUUCUCAGUGGCAGAACGCCGACCCCUUUGGCUUCCCUGUCGCCCUCGACCCCAGCUCUGUGCAAAGGAUCAACCGCCGCAAGACUCCUCUCAACCAGCACCACCACCACACCUACGGGCACAGCAACCGCUCUGUCCGUGGCACUGGCGCUACUUCGGCCGCUGCUGUCGGAGGUGAGGGGUACCCUGUUGGGCACCAGCUCGAGCCUGGGGUGAAUGUCGUCAGGGAGCCGGGAGCGGGUCAGACGUCCGAGUUUGGGUUUAUGAGUGGGAUGAUGGGCAACAAGAGGUGGGCUACUAGCGCUUCGGCCAUGUGGCGUUGA